UAUUUAUAUUUAAAAUGUAAUCCACAAAUCAAAGGAGUGAAUGUAUUAUUCAUUAAGUAUUAUUUAAAUAAAUUAAUGUGAACAUGUCUGAAACAAUUGAGGGUGAAGAUGAAGGAAGAACAAUAAAGAUCACAGUUCUGGGUGAACCCUCAACUGGUAAAACAAGUCUGUGUAACAGAUACUUGGGAGGGUCUGGAACAGCUCCAACCAGCACUCAUGGAGCGGAAGUGACUGCAGGUCAAUGCUUGGGCCUCAGACCAGCAGUGCCGCUACAACUAUGUGAUGUUGCCGGAAAUUCACUAGCUACCUCAAUGCUUACUAAUUAUUUGUAUGCAUCAGAUAUUAUUAUAUUUGUCUAUGAUUUAACAAACUUACAAAGUUUUGAGAGAUUAGAUGAAUGGAUAAGUAAAGUACAGGAAAUUUAUAAAAAUGAGACUAAGAAGCCUUGUAUGGCUCUUUUUGGCAAUAAGUCUGAUUUGGAACACCAGAGAGCAGUGAGAUUAUCAUGUGUACAAAAGUUUGCUACCAAAUAUGGCUUGGAGAGCUUUAAAGGUUCUGCUAGAACUGGAGAAUUGGUGAACAUAGCAUUCACAAGUUUAGUAGCGCAUGUGUUGGGUUCCAAGGUGUCUUCAAUUCUAGCUCCUGAUGAAAAACAAUCAGUCACUCCAAUUCAAAUUAGUCAGGUUCCUCAAAAAGAAGAAAUAGCUUUACCUCUAAUAAUGAGCAGAAAGUCGUUGAGGAAAGUUCAAAGAAAAGAAUCGUCAUCUGUUUGUGAAUUACAAUAAUAAAUAAAUGCUUAAUAAUAGUUACUGGUUUUAUUAUAACUAAAUAACCAACCUACCUCAUUAAAUUUUUCCUUUUUUUUAUGGGACAUGGUUAUUAAUCUUUAAUAUUCAUUAUCGUUCUGCAUACUAUUCAUGAAUGCUUUUCUAAUAAAAUAAUAUUUUUUUCUAUAUAAUUUGUAAAUGCAUAUACAUUUAUUUGAAAUAAAAAUAGGAUUUUUU